AUGGACAAAGAAUCAAUUUUAGAUAGGAAAAUCAGGGAAUAGAGAUUUCCUAAAUGUUUUAAGGGUGAUUACCACGAUUUUUAGGAUACGAUGUGUAUUGAUGAAAGGUGUGAAGAUUGUACGUUUGAGCCAAUGUGCUCUUUUUGUGUAUAGAAAAACCUUCACAGGAAACCUUACCAUAAUUCUAAAUUAAUUAAACCAUUUAUUAUAGAGUUAUUGUAAUUUUUAAAAAAUGAAGAUAAUUUGAAGCUCAAAUCAUAGGCAAUAGCUGAAGACUAGGCUGAAUAAAUUUUUAAAAUAGAUAAUUUAUAUAAAAAUUUGGCAAAACAAUUUUAAAGAAAAGGAUAACAGUGUUAUGACAUAGCUAAAUAAUUAUUAAAUAAUCUGGACAUUUAUCACGAAUUAAGAGAGGAUUUUACAUAAUAAAAAACAUAAGCAAUAGAAAUAAUAGAAAAAAUAGCAUCUAAGGAUCUAGAUUCCUUCACUCUUUAAAAUAGCUUAAAAAAGUUAUCUAAAAUAGUUACAAUUAAGAAUAAUAAUUUAUAAAUAAACAUUUAAUCUAUUAUUAAUUCAAUUUAAGAUUUGUAAAAAUAGGCUGAGAUAUAUGCAAAUGUGUAUUCGGACGCUCUCAAUAGAUUUGAUGUUUAAAUUAAAUUUGAUUAACUCUAUCAACACUCUUAUUCAACAACCAUAGCUGAUAAUUAUCAAGAGUAGAGAAUUAGAAAUAAAAAAGCUAAUAUUACUGAAUUCGACAGGAUCAAAACAGAAAUAGGAAGAAGUAAAGAAGAUUAGCAAGAAUUAGUUGAUUUCACAUGGAUGGCAAUAAAAAAUUUAAAACAAAGAAUUUUUGAAAAGAUUUUAAAAACAAAAGAUUUAGCAAUAGAGUAAGCCAAUUCAAAGGGAAAUCAUAUGAACUCAAAGUUUUAUGUAAAUUAAUUUAACCAAUUGCUAAAGCAGAUGACAAUUUAUUUAUUCUUUUUUAUAGUGGAAAUCAGUAAGAUAUUCUUAAAAAAAAAAAGAAAAAUUAUUAAAGAUCUAUAAAUAAAUAAUUUAGUGGGAAGAUGUAAUUUGAUUAAUUCAUUUAAGAAAAUAUAUAAAAAGCUCUUAAUUAAUUUUUAAAAAGAUGAUUGA